UUCCAUAAAUUAAUAGCGACUAGUUGUGAUUUAUAUAAAGAUGAAUUUACCGGACGGCAAGCAGUUAGUACGUGAAAGUUCCGGUAAACUUGAAGAGCCACUUGGUAGUAAACGCAAAAUGGGUUUACACGCAAAACUAGCGUGGAUCACAUUGUUUUUUUGUCUGGGUUUGAUUGCUUUGGCCCAUUGCGUCCCGGUUGAAGUCAUCUACACCGGUGAGGGCUGUGAUUGCCCAUCGAAAUUGGACUUUUCCGUGAAUGUGCCGAGCGUGCCGAAACCGAAGAAAUGCCACACGCCCUACGAAUACGGUUAUAAAGUGGAAGUACCGACAACGCGUCCAAGAAAGGCGAAAGUAUCGUACAGUUUUGAUUUCACGGUCGAAGAGCCACGUCCACCGAAACCGGUUAAGCCAUCCAAAAUGAAUUUAUACGCCAAGGUUGAUCGUGUGGCGAUCAAUAAGGGCGAUUGUGAAGAUAGUUAUGCCGCACCAUCUGCGCCGUCCACCUGCCGUUGUGGACAAUGCGGCAUCUCCAAACCGCUCUAUAGGUACGUAUUUAAUGAUAUGGCCCCUCCACCACUACCCUGCAAAUGUCGGCGACCGAACUGCAAAUGCAAUCUGUGUCGCGCGCAAUCAGCUGCAUUGUCGCCAAAUGCGAUUUUUGUGGGUAAACCAAUGAGUGAUAUGAUGUCAGAGCCAAUGCCUUUAGCAAAUGGUGGUGGUGAUGGAGAUGACGGAUACGUCAAUAGCGGCAGUGGCGGUGCGGAGGUUGGCGCUGUUAAUAUACGACGUAAACGCGAUUUACAUCGCACCCUCUUCGGACCACGCAAAGUUACCAAGGAGCGUCCGGGACGUUUUGUUAAAUUAUAUCACAAGAAUUUGUCCGCAACACCACAUCGUUUGUUCGACUUUGAAGGUCUUAGUAACAACAAACAACGGCGACAACAGCAAAGCACACAGAAGAAACCGAAACGUAAGGCGAAGAAGACACGUUACACACAUCAACGCUCACGCCUAGUGAAGCGCGACAUCAAGGGUGAGUACGAACUGCUAGAAAAGGAACGUGAGCAGAUGGAUCUGACAUUGCCUGAAAUCAUACAAUUCAUGCCCGAAACAUUGCAGCCCGAUUUUAAGAGGGGUCAAUGUUACUUCGGUUGCGGUACACAACACAACCAUCAACCCAAAUCAGCCGAAAAUAACCCCAGCAUGACAACCAACACAGAAAGCAAUCCCAGCUCCACGGAAUACAGCAUGGUCAGUCAUGAAAUCAACACAGACAACCCAACCGUUACUAUUACAUAUACCGACACCAAUAACAGCAAAGGAGGCACCAUCGACAUGGACAUGGACUUGGACUCGAACGGAGACUCAGAUGCAGAAAGCACACACUUCAUACAGAGUGAGAAGGAGACGCUGAUUAAGGAGAGCCUGCUUAAAGAAACCAAUGACUCUACACCUGAAAAUUCCAUCGGCUCUUCGUAUUUGAAACGCAAUGCAGCCAACUAUUACACCGGUAGGUCAACGCCAAAGUCUGAGUCAGCUUACCCCAAAUGUGAAAUGUGCUUACCCGCAUUACAAAAGAAAAGAGCUUAUCGCGCACAUUCGCCAACAACGCCACCAAUUUCCACUAACCCAAAUUACCAGCCGCAACAACCGUCAUACACCAAAACUGCAAAUUCAGCAGCGCCGCUGCAAUCCAAAGCGGCAUCCAAAGUGCCGCCAGCAGCACCACCACGUUACGUUUACGAUCACUUGGGUCGUAAGUACUUAGCAAAUAACGGCGAAUUGCGCGCAAAAACCACUAUAAUAUCGGUACCAGAUCCACUGGACCAUAAUGCCACUCCACUGCGCUAUGCCGGCGACUUGGAAGCACCGCCGCCGACCCAUUCCACUCACCCAUACGGUGCGCCGCCUUCGUUGAGCGUUCACAACUAUCCAGUGCAACAUAUUUCUAACGAACAGUUAGAUAAGAUAAUCGCCGAUAUUGUCUAUAGGCAUCCAGAAUUCAUUGAUGCGACAAAACAUUAUGGUGGCUCGUUAGUAGAUCCUGAGCCCUUGCAAGAGCAAGAAACAAUAUCGUUUCUAAAGAAACUCAUCGAUGGCCGUCUGAGCUUGUGGUUUGGCCAAGAGGAUGAGUACCACCCACAACAGUAUAGCACAAGCUACAACAGUGAUUACGCUAUACCGCAGCUGCACGACCUCCUACCGCCGCUGUUCUAGACCACCAAGUACCAUAAUCACUUCUUAACAAUUUGGUUUAACAAAUUUUGCAAAAUCCAAAUACCGAAAGUAAUCUUAAAUAUUUAGACUAUAGUUGUAAAAAAUGUAUAUGGAGCUGCCCAACUAGUAUUAAUAAAUUCUAUACUUUAAUGUUAUUAUUAAGUUCGAAUA